CGCUCUUCCCGUUGAGGCUCCCGCGCCGGGCAUGGCGAAGGCGGCUCCGCGGCGGCGGCGCCUCCCAGCCUGGAUGAGGACGGCGGGUGACGAAGGGCCGGCCGCGGCCCCGGUCCCAGCGGCCGGAAGGCGGAAGGCGGCGGCAAGGCCCAGGGCGGUGGCGGCAGUGCACUGCAUGAACGAGUCGGAGCUGGUGAACGCGGCACUCGCGGUUCUGGCCGAGAAGCUACAGCGCGAGGAAGAGGAGAAGGCCUGGUCCCGGAGUGAAGAGGAGCAGGAGCUCCAGCCAACGUCAGGCGAGGCUCCUGGAAACACAGCCAGCACGGGGGGAGGCAGCGACCGCAGUCCAGCUCUCCCAUCCCCUCCUGACGCUGAUGCAAAGAGGACAGGCUGGGAGGACUCUCAAGAUGAUGUUCUGAAAUAUGUCAGGGAGAUCUUUUUCAGCUAACGCUGCCCCUCUGUGACUGCCCAGGAGCAAAGGGGCCAGUGAGGCGGCUGUCCGCUCCCACAGCAGGGAGGAUGGUGCGGGGAGGGCGUGGAGUGCGCUGUGUAUCUGCUGUGUUGGUGGCCUAUGGAGCUGGUAGGAUGGCUCAGCAUCCUCUUCCCUGCCUGAAAGGGGGAUGAAUAAACCACAUGAGGCUGG